UCCGUUAAGAUUUUAAAAGUUUGGAUUUAGUUUUACGAAUGUUGUUUCCUGUAAUUGUUAAGUUGUAAUGUGCUUCAAUUACGAACCAUUGUGCUAAAAUCAUAGGUGAAUAUUGCACCUUUACAGAAAUGUCUAUAAAAUAACGUGAUUGCAUACAAUUUACGAAAUGUGAUGAAAUUAAUUGUACUAGCACGUAUGUCCGAAUAGUACAUGAUACUGAACCAAUAUCCUUAAAAUCCAGCCUAAUGGAGCUAUUUGGUAGCAAAAGGAAAAUUACGAAAAUUGUAUAUAGAUUCUGAAAAUUAAGAAAAUCAUAUCAAGAAAGUGAUUUCAACUCACAAAGAUGGACUGUGAGAAUAAUAAAGGAACCGUUGAUACGGUGCAAGUGGCUUUACGAAUUAGGCCGCUAAUGCCCGAAGAAUUAAAACGCGGCUGUGAUGAAUGCAUAUCAGUAGUCCCUGGGGAGCCUCAAGUUCAAAUAAAAGACCUUGCAUUCACAUACAAUUAUGUAUUUCCACAACAUAUUACACAACAAGAGUUUUAUGAUACUGCAGUCAAAGGCCUUAUAGAAAAAUUGUUUCAAGGAUACAAUGUUACAAUACUUGCUUAUGGACAAACUGGCUCAGGGAAAACAUACACAAUGGGCACUAAUUAUUCAGGUGAAGGAGAUACAACAAAAUUAGGUAUAAUACCACUGGCAGUUGCUGAUAUAUUUGACUUCAUAGAUGUGAAUGAGAACAAGUUUACUUUCAAAGUGACAGUUUCAUUCAUGGAGCUAUAUCAGGAGCAGUGCUACGACCUACUCUCCGGCAAGGAGCGAGGACACAGUGUCAUAGAUAUUAGAGAGGAUAUCAAUAAAGGUGUACACUUGCCAGGCAUCACAGAGUUACCAGUAACAUCCACUGCGGAGACAAUGUUGGUGCUGGAGAAAGGUUCCAUUGGCAGAGUGACAGGAUCCACUGCUAUGAACCAAGCAUCCAGCAGAAGUCAUGCUGUAUUUACCAUAGUGGUUGCUAAAGAAAGUAAAACUGACAAAAACCUUGCAACUACCUCAAAAUUUCACUUUGUGGAUUUAGCUGGGUCGGAGAGAGUUAAAAAGACAAAAGCAAGUGGUGAAAGACUUAAAGAAGGUGUGAAAAUAAAUCAAGGUCUCUUAGCAUUAGGGAAUGUGAUAUCUGCACUGGGUGACGGCACAAACAGAAGCUUCAUCAGCUACAGAGACAGCAAGCUGACGAGGUUGCUGCAAGACAGCCUGGGCGGCAACUCGCUGACGAUGAUGGUGGCGUGCGUGAGCCCCGCAGACUACAACCUGGACGAGACUGUGUCGACGCUGCGCUACGCAGACCGCGCACGUCGCAUCCGCAACAAGCCAGUCAUCAACCAGGACGCCAAGGCUGCUGAGAUCAUCAGGUUAAACAACUUGGUGAAUGAACUGAGACUUCAAUUAGUAGGAAAACUCCCAACAAUUAGUGAACAUGGUGAUGAGCAUUUAAGGGAAGAAUUAGAAUUGGAAAAGGCAAAAUAUGCGGAUCUCAUGAAAAAACACAAGCAAAUGACAGAACAUCUUAGUAAUGUUUUGAUAGAGAAUACUAAUUUAUGUGAAAAAGCAUUACUAGCGGAGGCGGCCAAGGAUAAGAUAGAAAGAAAACUGAAUGAACUGACAGAACAAUGUAAUCAAACUAUAGAUAAUUUGAAUACAACUGACAAAGUUACUGAUGAGGAACAAAAGAACAGUGUAGUUGAUUAUCUUAAAGAAAUAAAAGGACGGUUAGAAGAUCUGCAAUUUGUUAACAUGAAGACAAAUGAAGAAUUAAUUGAUCAUGAGAUAAAACUAUCGUAUGUUAAAGAAGAAAAUGAAAGUGAAAAAGUUGAUGAUGGAAUUCCUCUUAAUGAAGAUCAAGCUGUCAUGGAGGAGGAGAAACGAGCAAUGGGUCAGGUUGCAUUAAAUCAAGAAUUACAAGAGUUAAAUCGAGCUAUGGCUAUCAAAGCUUCAGUAGUGCAGGCGAUACUAGCUAGUAAUAAAGAUGUUAUAGAUAGCCACAAUAACCUGAAGGAGAAUGAAGAGAAGAUUGCUCAUCUGGAGAAGGAAAGAGAUGAGCUCAUGCAGCAGCUGAAACAAACUAAGGUAAUAUGCACUAAAAAUAGUCUAAACUAUGAGACAUUUGUUAAAAAAAUUAACAUACUCAACGCUGAAUUGCAGGCUAUGAAAGCUAAUAAGGUAAAAAUAAUCAAACAAAUGCGAGAAGAAAGCGAAAAGUUCCGCAAAUGGAAGGCUGACAAUGAACGAACUAUGCUGCGCCUGCGCAAUGAAGACAGGAAGCGCGCGAACGCGAUGGCCAAGAUGGAGUCUCUGCACGUGAAGCAGCGCAACGUGCUCAAGCGCAAGAUGGAGGAGGCCGUCGCUGUCAACAAGCGUCUCAAGGAAGCUCUGGACAGACAGAAGCAGUCAAAUAUGAAACGCAAUGCUAAAGGCGUUGUCAAAACUGGUGCCAUUCAGCAGUACAUCGAGCAGGAACUCGAAGUACAUCUCAGUAUUGUGGAGGCUGAGAAAUCUCUAAAUGAGCUAAUGGAAUACAGAGCGUGGGUGACAGAACAGAUAGCAAUUCUCAAGAACAGUCCUGAUGACGAGGCCAACAGGGAGAAGUUGGCUGAGCUGGAAAAUGACCUCGCGCUGCGCAAGGCACAGAUAUCCGAUCUGCAGCAGAAGAUGUUAAUAGCCGACCAAGAGAACAAGACUCGCACUCAAUGGGACAAUAUACAGACAAUGAUCGAAGCUAAGGCGGCGCUGAAAUGUCUAUUCGAGUUGUUAGUGGAUACAAAGAAAGAGCUACAGAACAAGAGUGAGAAGGGCUACCAGUCCAGAUACGAGGAGGUGAAGGAGAAGUAUGACAGACUAGUUGUGGAGUUUGAGAGCCGGAAGACUGAACUUGAAGCACAAUUAGUUAAGGUGAAACAGCAAUGUGAAGAAAAGGUAAGCUUUUUGCUGGCGUUACAACGCGGUGUGACUGUGAGAGGUGAGAAGAAUGAGGCGUGCAAGCAGCUGCAGGCUGUCAUACAGUACCAGCAGGACCGUCUCGAGCAACUUGAGAUUGAAAAUAAAAAGUUAUCUGAUGAGCUGGAGGAGCUGCAAUCGUUCUAUGCAAACGCAAAGAGGCAGAAGAAACAACAUGUCUACCCCGUCACUGACGAGGAGGACGUAGACUCUGAAAAAGAUCCCGACUGGGUCGCCACUCCCUUGUUCAAACGGAUACAGGCUCAACGCUCUCGUCUUAAAAUGAAUUGGUCGGUGAACGACGCGGACACAGCGCGCGCCACGAAACGUAACUACGAGGGCGUCCCGCACUGCACCUGCCGCGGCUCCUGCUCCACCAAGAUCUGCGGCUGCGUGAAGACCGGCGUCGGCUGCGGCGUCGCCUGCCGCUGCCAGCACGCGCUCUGCAAGAACCGCAACAACGUACCGCAACACGACGACAAGGAGAAUCAUCAGUCCAGUCCUGAAAACAAUGACAUGAAUGUCACCCCGCCAUCUUACUUCGAUGACCGAGAUAACCUUGAAGCAACAUAUAUCAAGAAAAAGAAGUGUUUUUUCUUCCCUGACGAACAAGCAAACGAAACUAAUAAAGGUGACUAGGUAUUGCAGCAUUUAUAUAGAUGUGUGUAAAAGACUGACAAAGGAGACUAAUCUAACAAUUAAUUUAUUCUUUAAUUAUAAUUAAUUUAAGCAAUAAUAAUAAUCUUCAUGUAAAAAUGUAAUUGAGGUUUUAUUUUGAUUUCACUUUGACUUCAGUGUAGUGUUAAUUCAAUAUACAUAAAGUUCGG